AUGCCGUCGCGAUGGCUCACUUCAGUAGCCGCCCUGGCCGUGGCAGGAUACGGCAUCAACGCCUACGUGGUGCAGGCUCGUGAUCGCCGCUUAGCCGAGGCCCACCAAGCCGAGCAAGUGGACCUUGAACGAAGGCGGCAGUACGAAGCAUUAGCAGAUGUCUAUGGUGGACGCUCAACACUUGAAGAGCUGGAACAGGCCGUGGCACAUUAUGGGAAGAAAUGA